CGAGACAGAGACUGAGUGAAGACAAGGCAGCACAGAGGACAGACUUAAGUUAAACCUGUGGAUCAUCUUGGAGCUUCAGGUUCUGCAUCAUUCUGUGGCUUGUGCUGAAAAUAGUGAACAGAUGUCUUCACCGUGUCUCAGCAGUAUCCUGACUAACGCCAACCUGACCAUGUACCAGACGGGCUUGCCUGAUGUCCUGCCUCAGCAGCCCGGGGGGUUGCCCAGCAUCAGUUCCCUGGACAACAGGACCCCAGCGUUCAGCUACAACAGAAACGCUCAGUGGCACCGGCAGACAAGUCCUCACUGCUGGACAGCAGAACAUGUUCUGGAGUGGCUCAGUGACCAUGUGGAGAACACCAAGUUUGAUGCAAGCACCCUGAGUCUGGCUUACUGUGCCAUGGAUGGCCCCGCCCUUUGCCACAAGAACCAGGAAGAAAUGAUUGCAAUCUUUGGCCCACAGCUUGGCCCGCACCUCCACCAGAACUUACAGGAACAGAAGACCAAAUAUGAGCUGCAGAGCCUAUCAGCACCAGAACUGAGUGAGACCUGUCAGCUCCUGGACAACUUCUUGGACAACCUGAACAACCAGAAGUUUCCUUACCUCAGCACCGUCACAUUUGGCCAAGAUGAAGAUAUCAACAAGACCGACUUUGAAUAUCAGGACGGCUAUGAGCCAGCUAAUUUUACCCUAGAGCACAUGACAUCUUUUGAUGAAGUUGAGUACCUGUCGGACAAUCAGUCUGACAGUGAAUGCAGCUCCUCUGACAACAGUGGGACGUUUAGCUUCAUGAGCUCACCAGAGUCUGGCAGCAGUGAAUCAGACCCAGAGUUUUCAUAUCCCCCAAUAUCAAAGGUCCACAUCAAAACAGAGGGAGGAGAGGGUUGUGUGAAGCGACCGCGAGGACGACCUCCUAAAAUCAGCCGAGAGCACAGCAGCAGCUUGUAUGACAACCCAAAGAAAAGCAAACAUGCGCCUCGAGGCACUCAUCUGUGGGAGUUCAUCAGGGACAUUCUGGUCCACCCAGAGAAGAAUCAGGGCCUGAUGAAAUGGGAGGAUCGCAGGGAAGGUGUAUUCAAGUUCCUGAAGUCGGAGGCCGUGGCUCAGAUGUGGGGCCAGAAGAAGAAGAACAGCAGCAUGACCUACGAGAAGCUCAGCCGUGCCAUGAGGUACUACUACAAGAGAGAGAUUCUGGAGCGAGUUGAUGGUCGAAGACUCGUCUACAAGUUUGGGAAGAAUUCCAGCGGUUGGAAGGUUGAGGAGGGUGGCCCUGGCAUGUGAGGCGUCAAUCCUUUAGUGGGUAGACCAUGAAGCUGCUCAGAGCAGAGCAUCAGGAACCAGAAAAACCUGUCGGAUCUGCCUGAGAAUAAAUCUCCCUAUAAAGUUUUAGACACAAACUUCCUCCUGGAGGAAGGUGUUGCAGAAAAUGUAAGCCAUUGUGUUUGGCUCUAGUAGGUUUUAUGAACCAAUAUGUUAAAAUUUUUUAUGUUUCACAUGUCUGAUUAUCAACACAGAAAUGAUAAAAGUUUCUAUGAUGCUCAUGAUCUUCUGUAAACAAAGUCAGUAAUUCACCUUUUUUGUAGUCUGUACUUACUGUAGGUUUCUUGGAGUAGUAACUCAUCUUCAUCACAGUCUCUAUAGUUUUUUUGUAAUAUUAAAUUACAAUGAUUUGCUCUGUUGUCACACUAUUUUCUUCAGUGUUCUGUCUAAAUCUAUCUAAACAUAUCAAUUGUGUAUCUAAAGGUAGAAAUACAUUUGAAAACAUGGUGAUGACAGGACAAGGGUAAAAAUGUAGGCGAUGUUAUUUCACAAUAAGAAAAACAAUGUACACUACAUAUCUAUUUGUAUGACUUGUUAUAAAGUGUGUUUACACAACAUAUAAGUAAAAAAUAGUUAAACUAUCACAUCUUAUAGCCAGUAUGAGUUUUUAUGAUUGUUUUGAUUUAAUUAGUAUUGCAUUCAUGUCUUUUGUUCAAUGAUUGUAUAAAUAUGAGAAGUAAAUCUCAUUAUGUAAAAGCUUAAUUGUGUGUUUCUAUAUUUUUGAUACAGUAUAUUGUAUAUUUUGUAACCUCAUUCGGGUUUUAUAAAGUUUAUUUUUCAUUCACAUUCACACUAAGACCGUUUGCUAUUCUUACUUCUGUUCUACAGUUUAUUUUGCAUUGUUUAUCUCCAUAUAACAUGCCAAUAGACUGUACAACAUUUGUUCAAUAAUUGUUUAUAUUUUUAUUGUACUCUUUAUAAUAAAGUACAACAUGCAAGAA